AACAACACACGCUGCCUUUCACGGAAGAAGCUGACUGAUAUAAAGCCAUUGAGAUUUCAAUAUCACGCUUGUUGUGGCUUGAUAAAUCACUUGACGCAAGUAUGAAAUAUCUSACAUCUUUCAGCAGAGUUUUUUGGCUCUGCACAGCUAUUUUCCUCGUGAUGGGGUCAUCRCUGUCAUUUGCCUCUACUAACCAAGACGAAACUAUCAACUUUGAACAUCAGCAACCAAAGGCGCAAUACCGUACGAGACGCAGUACUAUAUGCUCUUGUUCUGCUUGUAUGGAGCACAGCUCAACUAAUAACCAUCACACGAUGAAGUUCCCGACAAGAAUACCUUUUGGAAGUCCACGAAAGGUUCUGUCGUUUUUAAGAAUGGUACGGAGAGGUUUGAAAAUCACUUACCGUAGAAGAGGACAGUUGUACUGUAAAAAUGGUUUUAUCUUGAAAAUAACAUCAAGUGGAAAUGUCGGAGGAACAACAAGAUACAACGAUCCCUUCACUAAACUCGAGUUCCAAUCAGUGGGGAUGGGUCUUGUAAGAAUCAAAGGUCUAAAAUCUGGUCGAUACCUGGCAAUUAACGAAAAUGGAACCUUGUACAGCAAGAAUGUAUACAGCAAAGACUGCAUAUUUGAAGAGCGUCAAGAAGAGAAUUUUUACCAUUCUUUUAGUUCGCAUCGUUAUAGCAAUAUCGGUUGGUACGUUGCACUGCGAAGGAACGGGCAAGUCAAGAAAACAACUGUAUUACAAAAAGCUACACAGUUUCUAGUUUUAUUUUCAUGAUGAGGACAAGAAUGUCGCUCUAGUGAACGUGUGUGAAAAUUGUUUGUUUUAUAUGCCAGACAUUGAUAUUGAAGCAGCUUGUACUGUUGUGGGGAACAAGGAAUGCGCAUGCCCGUGGAAUGAAYACUGUUGAAGCCUGGACUUUGUUAUGCAAAAAUUUAAAGAUGAAAACUAAUAAUAACGCAACUGAAGAGGAACAAUAAUAAGAAAUCAGUUUUUAUACGUGACCAUCAUUGGUACAAGGUGAAAGGGAACUAUCCAAAAACCAUUACUUAACAACACAAAAACUUCUCGAAGGAAUUGUGGCAAAAUCAGAAAUAACAUUUAAUGGCAUCAACACUAAUGAUCAAACAACGGCUUUAAAAAAGGCCGGAAAGACGAUUGCUGUGGAAAAAUAACGACUGCUGCAAGGCAGCAAAGCACUAUGGGAAAAUGACAACUGUUGCAAGGCAGCAAAGCACUGUGGGAAAAACGACAACUGCUGUAAUGAUGCAGUGGGAAAAUGACAAAUACAUUAAAGAAAUAUUACGUGAAACUGACAGUUGCAGGGAGGCAGAAAAGAAUUGUGGGAAAGAACAAAUGCURUGCAAGGCAGUAAUGCAUUGUGGGAUAAUGACAACUGCUGUAAAGCCCCGGUCAAACACUAUGUAGUAAACAAAAAAAUUGAAUGAAAAUUUUCGGGAUCAAAAUCAUUGAAAAAGGACUUAGGAAUUUCUAAUUUUAUCUCAACUAUUUAGUUCUGAAUUGAAGACGCAGUCCACACUGGUUGAUCUCUCACAGUGGGAUAACUAUUGAUGGUUUGACMGGGGCUUAUAGCAUUCUGACCGAGAUGAAUAAACUUUUGGCAAAUCUCAAUAAAAAUAUAAAUGUUCUA